UGACUGGGAGCACAAUCCUAUUCUACUGACGAGCUCACCCCGGCGACCUCCUCCGCGUGCCCGAACACCCAACCACCCCCAUUACCAUCCCAUAUAUCAUCAUCCCAGCCCCAUAGAUGUGGUCCGAAUGGGGAAGAAGAUGAUCGGAGGGGUGAGUAAUCUUUAGCUUCGACAGAUUCGGGUUAAGUCUGUGAAAAAGGGCGGUGACGCACCCGAGGAAGGCUUAUUUUGGGUAGGUGAUCGAUCGGGGGUGUGUAGAGGAAGCCUUACUAGCCUUGCUUGGGGUUUAGAGUCGGCCAUUGGGAUUGUAUGAAUCUGGUGCUCCUGGCUCAGUCGAGUAUUUGCAUCAUUUGCUCCGCAAGGUUGAGAGUUGCAGGGUGGGGAGAUAGAUAAUCAGGUGGCGCGGUCGCCCAGAUAUCCCCCCGGGAGCGAUUUAGCAACUGCAGUUGAUCAGUAGUGAUCGACAUGGGUAUCAUAGUGCGUGAGAGAGCAGCUCACGAGGCUGCUUUGAUGGACCACACGCUAGAAGGAACUGAGAUGAUCUUCUGGGGGGAUAUGCAGCAGCAGCAGCCGGAGUCCCAGCUUCCUUGCGGUUGGGAGAAGUGCCUUGACUUGAAGACUGGUCUCGUUUACUUCAAGGAUUGGAGCUCCGGCAGUUUGUCUUACAAAGAUCCUCGCCAAUCGGUUACGCUAGCUCUUGCUACGAAGCAUGACAGCCUCCUACCCAUCUCUUUGUGUUCAUCUGAGAAAAACACCACAGUUUUCAAAUCAUCUAGGAAUUCUAGUGAUGAUGGGACGAGCCUUAAGAAGCUCAAGCGGGAACCGUCAACCUUGUCGGACGAUCACCGGGUUGGCAGCAGCACCGUGAGGCUUUUGUGGGGAUUUCCUUCAGCUCAACACUCGUCAGCAAACGAGGGCGAUUCGACUUCAGAGUCGAUCCGGAAGACUAGCAAUUCUAUGAGUAUGGAUGACGACCAGUCUUUGGAAUUGACUCUUAACCUCCCAGGCACCGUCAGGUCUAAGCCCAGACCCAGCUCCAAUCAAAUAGAGAGUGUGUGCACGAUUGACAAGGUUCGCAGUGCGCUCGACAGGUUUCAGUGUUUGAACACUGUGUCUCCCCAGUUGUCUAAGAAGAGGAGCUUUGAACAAAUUCUUGAACCUGGACUCAAUCUCAACACUAGCGAUCUCAAAACGCAGCCAGCGCUAUCAUCCUCAAGAGUCUCCACUUCGACUGGCCAGCUACAAUCUGAUUCAUACUCAAAAACCUCGACUUCAUCACAGACCACGUCGCAGUGGAGUGCCUGUUCAGAGUCUCGUUUUACGUCGCCCUCCGUCAUGAGCUAUCAAGGUGACGACGAAGAGGUGCAACAACCCAGUGCAUGCAGAGCGUCAGGCGCGAAGAGUUCUCAGCUUAAUUUAUUGGACGGAAAGCCCAACUCAAUGGCUGAGGAUGGAUCACCGGAAGCGAUGGUGAUAGUGGGAUGCAGGCGCUGUUUCAUGUACGUGAUGCUUUCGGAUUCCCAUCCCUGCUGCCCGAAAUGCGGAAACACUGACCAGUCACUACUUGCGCGUCCAGUUCCCCUGCCUAAGAAGCAACGAACGGCAGCGCUCGGCAGUAGUAGUUGUAAGUGAAGCUAGUGGUGUCGUCGCUUUAAAACCUCCUCGAUCUACCUCACGGAAAAUUCUUACGUCACUUGUGUCAGCAUCUGAUCGACCGCAUUGCCUAAUCCCGGUUCCAGCGGAAUUCUUUCCAUCAAAACACCAGAUGCAUAGACAUGGAAGUGGUGCCGAGUCUAUGAUAUAGAUUCCUCCUCCUGUUGAUGAACCGUGAAUGAUCGACCCUUUGCGGAUGCUGGUAGAGCCUUUGCAGAUUGGGACUCUCCACACUUGUCGUAGCCUUGACAAGUACUCAGCGUUGAGCCCGCUUACGGAUUGUUGCAUGCUAGUCAUCUCAUGUCAAAGGAUGCCACUAGUGUGCUGCUUUCAGUAGGUAAGUUUUUAAAACAGUGUUGAUGAUCAGCGAUUUAUCAUACUCAUUGAACCAUGGUAUGUGGUUCUUAAAGAAGCAGAGCCCUGUUGAAAGUGUGACUUUAGGAAGUAGGACUGACACUGUAAACUUUUCCAGAAAAAUUAUCGCGGGGACAUUCUUUGACUGGACUUCUGAUGAAGCCAGGAUUAUACAAUUGAUCACUUCAUUACCGACUUCUGAUGCCGGUUUUGAUCUAGGAUUUACUAUUUCAAA